UUCAUCACUAAAACCAUCGAAAUUUUGUUUACAAAUUUUAUUUUGAUUUUGUUCAAUGCAAAAUUGCACGUUUGGAUGCAAAUUAGCAGUAGCAGAAUGCUGAGACACUGCCUCGCCAACGUGGACUACGUCCGCCUACACGCCCAGCAGCAGUUGCGUCCGAAAUGCGGCGAGAUCUUCUACGAACAGGAGGCGAACAGCUUCCAACUAGUUUGCCUGCUCUGCGAGAUGAAGCACUUUGGAUUCGACGACUUCGCCCGCCACAUCCGCAACGUCCACUUCGACAAGGAGGGCAGGCCCCUGACUCAGAUGGUCACCGGAUCGGGAUCGGCAUCGGCAUCGAGAACGGGAGGGCCAGCGGAUCAGGGUAGUGCAUCGCCUUUGGUGGUGGAAAGCCUGAAUGAGGAGUUCGUGGUUGAAGAGUAUGCCAUGGAUGCAGAGGCCGAACAGGAACUGGAGCUGGAGGAGGGCAAUCCUCUGCGCAUCAUGGUCCUCGGGGAUAAACAGUCCGAGGAUGAGGAAACCAUCGAUACCAUGUGGCAGCCAGAUCUUGAAAGUUCCUCCGAUUCCGACGACGGAGGUUGCGACCUAGAAGCGCUGAUGGGCGUGGAAAAUGCACAAGAUAACCAACAAGAUGAGGACGAGGACCAGCAGUCUGUUUUUAAGAAGCAGCGCCAGCCGAAGGACUACAACUGUCCGCACUGUGAUCGAAAGUACACCACCCAGAAAUACCUGAACACGCACCUGAAGAUGAGCCACCCGCAUCCGCAGGCCUUCAAGUGCGACGACUGCGAGGCAACCUUCGACGUGGACCGGGCGUUGGCCCAGCAUCGCCGCAAGGAGCACACUGAGUUCGCCUGCCAGCUGUGCGACAAGGUGUUUAAGAGCUCGCGCUCCCUGGUCCGCCACGUGCAGGGUCACUCCGGCGCCCGGACAUACAAGUGCGAGCACGAGAACUGCGGCAAGUCGUUCGUCAAUCAGCACAACCUAACUUCGCAUCGGCGUGUCCACAACGAGGAUCGGAACUACGUGUGCGAACUGUGCGGCUACAGAUCACGCUACCGGGAGGCAUUGAUCGUCCACCGGCGCACCCACACGGGUGAGAAACCCUUCCAGUGCCCGACCUGUGCCCGCUGCUUUGCAUCCAAGUCACUGCUCAACGAACACCAGGCGAUGCACUCCACCGAAAAGCCCUACAAGUGCGACAAAUGUGAUUCGGCCUUCUCGCGCCCGAAGGCACUGUACCACCACAAGCAUCUCCAUUUGGGCGUCAAGAAGUUCAAGUGCAAGAUCUGCGGCAAUGCCUAUGCCCAGGCAGCAGGCCUGUCCGCUCACAUGCGGACGCACAAGCCCCAGGCGGCGGCCAAUGCAACGGAUGGCGUCGAGGCGGGACCCAAUUAGAUGCUCUUCAACUACUGACCGAAUCGUGGAGAGCGUCUUUAUGCUUGCACCCACUACACGGUUUGAGGAGAGCUUCUGUUAUUCUAAAGACAUGAUUUUCACAUAAUAGCAACGUCGCAUCACAAAUCUACGUCCAUUGUUCAAAUGUCUGAAUAGCUUUGAUGUCUUAAAAGUUGGUAGAGCUUUUUUUAGUUUAGGUUUUUCACAUAUCUGCCAUAGUUUUAAACAAGCCAAUAUUUCUAAAAAAAAAUAGUAUUACAUUAACUUGUUAUAUUAAUAUAUAUAUAUAAAUUUGACCAUUAUGUCAGCUGAAGAAAAUAUGUUCUCAAAGCAAAUGAUUUUUUUCGAAUAUGUUUAGUUCCCCUUGACACUUUUCCUUAAUUAAUAGUUAAAAAUUUGGAUGAUCAACCAAAUGAAGGUGAUUUACCAGAUCAGAAAACAUGAAUUUAUUUUUAAAUUAAUCGAAAAAAGCUAUCCAUUUCUAUUCUUAAAGUAUUACUACCUAACAAUUUGUAAAUACUGUUAAAUCUGUUCAGGAUUAAGUAUUCUUCCGAUAAUAUCGCAGGGUGGCAUUAAGCUCUUUGUGCACCAAAAGCCAACAAUUUUGCACAAAAAUCAAGUACAAUAAAUAUCCUGACAUGUUA